GCAAAUUGAUUCUGCUAGCCCCCAACCAGAUUUGGUCGCGUCCAAGAUCUCAAAGUUCAAAUACCAGGCUACCCACAAUGGGCAAAGACCCAGUUCGUCUAGCGGACCAUAGAAAAACUCAAGCCCAAAAAUUUCUCUAGCCCCUAUCAAAAGCACAGUCCAUAAUCGCAAAGGUAAAGAAUCCCUGCAUGGAGGUAGUAGAUUAAAGCCCAUUUUCAAGCCCAUCAAUUCCGUCUCUAUUGAUCUCAACCUGGCAAACCCUAUUCACACCACCAACCUAACCGCCCCUUAACUGGUCCAAAUUAACCCUCCCAUUUCCCUCUCCGUCCCCCGUUUCCACAACAAAAAACCACUGGACCCAACAACCCUACCCACUCUAACCUACCAUGAAUAUGCCAGAAAUGCAGAGAAUGCAAUUCAGUCACCACAAGAUGCAAGUGUGGCUAGAGUCAGGGACCGAAGCAACUCACCUGGUCGAAGCUGCUAUCUGGUGGACGAAGGAAAUGAUUCUGAAGCUAAAGCUUUGCGAACAGUUUCCGGAGGGAAUGGAUCAUCACACAGAGGUCCUGAAACCGCUCCAGAAACAGGAUCGGAGCAAAAGUAGGUCCAAAACCUUCUUCGUCUUCCCGGGAACCCCCGUUUUUCAACCACCAGUCUAUGGCGUCUUUCAAUAUCCUUAUUUGGAACUGCAGAGGAGCGGGUAACAACCGAUUUAAACGAAAUUUCUCAGAGAUGCUGCGUUCUCGCAAACCUGAGGUGGUGGCACUCCUGGAAACAAAGGUCACUCUUAACUCUAUGGGAAUGUUUUUCAACUCAUUUGGACUUUCAGCCUCUACCCAUGUUGAUCCCAGCGGCAGAGUGGGUGGAAUUUGAGUUCUUUGGGACCCAACGAAAGUUACCCUUAAUACGACGCAUAUCUCCGCUUAGGCUAUCCAUGCUACCGUUAGGAAAGACGGCUUCGAGGAAUGGAUUUUCUCUGCUAUCUAUGAGGAGCGGAUAACAACCGAUUUAAACGAAAUUUCUCAGAGAUGCUGCGUUCUCGCAAACCUGAGGUGGUGGCACUCCUGGAAACAAAGGUCACUCUUAACUCUAUGGGAAUGUUUUUCAACUCAUUUGGACUUUCAGCCUCUACCCAUGUUGAUCCCAGCGGCAGAGUGGGUGGAAUUUGGGUUCUUUGGGACCCAACGAAAGUUACCCUUAAUACGACGCAUAUCUCCGCUUAGGCUAUCCAUGCUACCGUUACGAAAGACGGCUUCGAGGAAUGGAUUUUCUCUGCUAUCUAUGCCAGUCCUAAUGCCCGUCUUAGGGAUAUCUCUGGGAGGACAUGGAAGAUUUAGCCGCCUCCAACCAGCUCUCUUGGAUGGCCGCUGGUGAUUUCAAUGAUGUGGUAUCUCUCUGUGAAUUGAAAACCUCUUCCAGCGAUUUAAGCUCUAGUCAACGUUGAAAAUUCUCUGAGAACAUUAACAAGUGCAACCUUGUUGACAUGGGAUCUGCUGGCCCUAAAUUCAAAUUCACGUGGACUAAUGGAAGACGAGGUCCAGCCAAUGUGCAGAAAAGGCUAGACCGUGCCCUCUGUAAUGAAAAUUGGAGGACACUAUUUCCGGAAGAUCGAGCAGUGGCCUUUUCUUCUUCCGAUGAUUCAGACCCAGCUUCUUCUUCUCCCUUUCUGAUCGUCGUCUGUCCAGGACUCCAGGUAACAUCAUCUUCUUCUUCUUCUUCGAUCGACAAAUGCAGAUCGAGCAGCGGCCUCUUCUUCUUCAGACGAUUUAGACCCAGCUUCUUCCUCUCCCUCUCUAAUCGUCGUCUGUCCAGGACUCCAGGUUCAAUCAAGUUUAACAUGGAUGGUUGCUGGAAUGAAUCAAACGGUAAAGGAGGCUUUGGAGGAUUUUUUUGAGACUCAAAGGGCGACUGGAUCCUAGGGUGCUUUGGUAAGCUCGUCUGCGACUCUAGCCAUGAAGCGGAACUCUGGGGAAUUUAUAGAGGGCUUACUAUUAUCCUGGAGAAAAGUUUGGCAAAUGUUACUAUCGAAUUAGAUUCUCUUGUGGCUAUUGAGCUCAUCAAUGACAGCAAUCCAGGUAAUCACACUCAAAGUAUCAUCAUAACUGAAGCUCAUAGGCUGCUAAACCACACGGGCACCAAGUUAUCCCACACUUACUGCAAUGCCAAUUAAUGUGCCGACCAUCUCGCUCACUUGGGAGCUGAACAAAACGAUGAGCUGAUUAUUGAAGUAACUACCCUCAUCUCCCUACGGGAGUUCUUGAUUAAAGAUAGCCUUCUUCUUAAGCAGACUUUAGAUUAGUGCUCUUUGGACUUAUCUCGGGCUAUUAUAUCCUUUAUUUUUGUUA